AUGCCUUCAGCAGAAGUUCGCGCAGACGCCUUUAUAGACCGCCUCGCCCCCGAAACGCUAGCCCUGAUCUUUGAGGAAGCGCUUCCACCAAAACACCAAAUCUCGAUCUUGCCAUCUACUUACCCAUGUCUUCUCACCACAGUUUCUCGAGAGUGGCGGGCAAUAGCUCAAACUACUCCUCAACUCUGGUCCACCAUCCAUAUCGACCUGCCAGUCAAUGUCAACCCCAACCAAUUCAGAGACGGUCCAGCGAUAUCCAAAUACGAGAACUAUCUGGUGCAACGAGGCGCUGCGGUCGAGCGCUGGCUGACCCACGCUGGAAACAGCAGGGUGUCAGUGACCUUCAAGCUUACGAAUCAAGGACUGGAUAACAUCUCUUUCUACAUCCGAAACCUCAUUUUCCGACUUAUGAUGGAGGUCCUCGACCGUGUAUGCUCGGCGCGGUUCACGCAGCAUUCAUCAGGAAAAGACAAUCGCCGUGGCGGGUGUGGAGGCCGUGGCGCCUGUGGCUGA